UUACUUGUUGGAACAAUAAGUGAAAAAUAUUAAGUUAUCCAGAAUGAGAUAUACAGGAAUUAUAUUUUAUUUGAUUGCUCUGCUUGGUGUAGUGAUUGUAAAUUCAGUGUAUUACCCGCCAACUUAUUAUCCAUUUAAUCCACAAAAUAACUAUACAAGUUAUAAUUACAGUCAAAACAAUUAUAAUAUUAGCAAUUAUGGAUUUAAAUCUCCAGUUAGGUAUGUGGAUUAUAAUUAUCGCACCAAAAUAUUUCCACAAAAUUUAACAACUGGCUAUCGAUCGUAUUAUUACUCAAAUCCGCCUCGAUUUCGUUCUAAGAGAUAUAGCAAUGGUUUCUAUCAAUAUCCAGCAGCAGUAAUACAUCAUUAUGUCCCAUUGACAGGAUAUCAAAGCGUUCCACCUAGCGUACUUGCACAUAGUUCUCCACCAGGAGCGUCUAAUAAAAGUCACCAUCUAAUAACUGGCAUUGUUCACUUUGGAGAUCGUCUUGUCUAUAAUAAGAAUGUAACUGAUGAACCAUUUACAUGGUUUGGAAAAGUCUCGAAAUAUGUAACGUAUCCACCAAGAGGUAUACAAAAUACACGAAAUAUAACAGUGAUACAAGUGUAUGAUUUAAUUAAAGAUGGUACUGGUGGUUGGGCCAGAAUUGUAAAUGGCGGUGUUGGACAUCGAAAUGUUACAAUUAAAUUGAAAUCACAAACUGGCAAACGAAUGAGUUUUCAAGUUGUGAUUUAUACUAACUAAUCUACAAAGGCGGAUUAAUCUUUAAGCUACUGUAUGCGCGAGUGUUUCCGCGGAAUUAACAUUCAAAUUGCAUAUUUUUCUUAUAAAUAAAUUUAGGUCACAAAAUUUCCUGAAGCUCUAACGAAACGAAUGCUGAAAACCGCAUUCAAAUCCGAUUUAUUUAGUGUUUUGUUUCUGCGACUAAUUGUAUAAAAAAAAAUCUGGUUUGUGAUUAGUUUCUGAGGUAUCGAAUGAAGAAUUAGCUCCUGAAUAACUCGAAUAUGAUUUUAGUCGAUACCUUAAAAAAUUACUCAUUAUCAAAGGGGACCGAUUUUUGUAUUUUUUCAUCCAAAUUACGGUGGAAAUAUCGAGAAAAUAUAUACGUAUAAGAUAGAAUGCUACGAGGUAUUGAACUGUAUUUUACAUUUUGACCUUUAUAUAGGGAUUAAAAAUUAACUUUCUUACAUUUUGAAGGUGGUAAUUGGCCUCUUUGGGUUUACGCUUGAAUUAUUUAUAAU